CGGCGCCGGGACAGGAAGCGGAAAGCGGCGGCGGCGGCUCUGCCUGCACAGGACCCAGCGCAGGCCGCGGAGCCGGGGCCGCUGGAGCCGAGACCGCGGCCCGGAGCCCGCAGGCGGCGCCGAGAUUUGGUUCCUGUGGACGAGUGGCUCCGUGGUUCCCGGGCCCUUUGAGGUGUCAGGCACCCAGGGAACUCUCUACCUCGCCGGAGAACCAACACCUGCGCCUUCACCCCGAGCGAGCUGCCCAUUGCUAUGGAUACCGAGUCCACGUACUCUGGAUAUUCUUACUACUCCAGCCACUCGAAGAAAUCCCACAGGCAGGGGGAGAGAAACAGAGAGAGGCACAAAUCAUCCCGGAGCAAAGAUGGCCGAGGAUCCGAAAAGGCUGUCACCAUCCAGGCGCCCACCGGGGAGCCCCUGCUGGGGAACGAGGCCACUCGGACGGAGGAAGUCCAGGAUGACAACUGGGGGGAGACCACCACGGCCAUCACGGGCACCUCGGAGCACAGCAUCUCACAGGAGGACAUCGCCCGGAUCAGCAAGGACUUGGAGGACAGCGUGGGGCUGGACUGCAAGCGCUACCUGGGCCUCACCGUGGCCGCGGCUCUGGGACUCCUAGUUUUCCUCACCCCCAUCGCCUUCAUCCUGCUGCCCCCCAUCCUGUGGAGGGACGAGCUGGAGCCCUGCGGCACCAUCUGCGAGGGACUCUUCCUCUCCGUGGCCUUCAAGCUCCUCAUCCUGCUCAUCGGGACCUGGGCCCUCUUCUUCCGCAAGCAGAGGGCCGACCUGCCCCGGGUGUUCGUGUUCCGGGCCCUCCUGCUGGUCCUCAUCUUCCUCUUCGUGGUCUCCUAUUGGCUCUUCUACGGGGUCCGCAUCCUGGACUCCCGGGACCGGAACUACCAGGGCAUCGUGCAAUACGCGGUCUCGCUGGUGGACGCGCUGCUCUUCAUCCACUACCUGGCCAUCGUGCUGCUGGAGCUCCGGCAGCUGCAGCCCGUGUUCUCGCUGCAGGUGGUCCGCUCCACCGACGGCGAGUCCCGCUUCUACAGCGCGGGGCACCUCAGCAUCCAGCGAGCAGCACUGGUGGUCCUGGAAAAUUACUAUAAAGAUUUCACCAUCUAUAACCCCAACCUCCUAACAGCCUCCAAAUUCCGAGCAGCCAAGCACAUGGCGGGGCUGAAAGUCUACAACGUGGAUGGCCCCGGUAACAACGCCGCCGGCCAGUCCCGGGCCAUGAUCGCCGCGGCCGCCCGUCGCAGGGACUCCAGCCACAACGAGCUGUACUACGAGGAGGCGGAGCACGAGCGGCGGGUGAAGAAGCGGAGAGCGAGGCUGGUGGUGGCGGUGGAGGAGGCCUUCAUCCACAUCCAGCGGCUGCAGGCCGAGGAGCAGCAGAAGGCCCCGGGGGAAGUGAUGGACCCCAGGGAGGCCGCCCAGGCCAUCUUCCCGUCCAUGGCCCGGGCCCUGCAGAAGUACCUGCGCACCACGCGGCAGCAGCACUACCACAGCAUGGAGAGCAUCCUGCAGCACCUGGCCUUCUGCAUCACCCACAGCAUGACCCCGAAGGCCUUUCUGGAGCGGUACCUGGGCGCGGGCCCCACGCUGCAGUACGACAAGGAGCGCUGGCUGUCCACGCAGUGGAGGCUGGUCAGCGACGAGGCCGUGACGAACGGGCUGCGGGACGGGCUCGUCUUCGUCCUCAAGUGCUUGGACUUCGGCCUGGUGGUCACCGUGAAGAAGAUCCCCUUCCUCGUGCUCUCGGAGGAGUUCGUGGACCCCAAGUCGCACAAGUUCGUCCUCCGCUUGCAGUCGGAGACGUCGGUGUAGGCGCCCCGCAGGCGUGGCUUCGUUCGGAGAAGAGGGUGCGGAGGGCGGCGUGUGCGCGGGGGCCGCCCUGUGUGUGUGGCGCUCUGGCCGGCGCUGGACCCGCAGCCUGACCUGCACUUUAUUUGGAAGGAAGACGAGGUGUCGCCCUGGAGACCCGUGCGGGGGACACCUGGCUGGCGGAUGAUGGGGCUUCUCAGAGGCCGGCGGCUCCGGGCGAUCCUGUGGCAGCUGUAACCAAAGUGGAGCAGGCGGCUCCCGGAGCCUCACCUUACAGCUUCGUCCCGCCUUCUCCGUCCACACCUCCCACAGCUCCCAGGGGAGAAGCCAGCGUGUGCGUGUGCGUGUGCGUGUGCGUGUGCGUGUGCGUGUGCGUGUGUGUGUGUGAGAGAGAGAGAGAGAGAGAGGGAGGGAGGGAGAGAGAGAGAGAAAGAGAGAGAGAGGGAGAGAGAGAGAGUGGAGGUCCAGCUCCACUCCCCCGGAGCCAGGGGCUGCUCCUUGUUGCCUUAGGUCCCGCAGAGAGAUCACAGCAGAAAACGUGCACUAAUGCUUUGAUUGGAUCUUUCUUUUCCCAAAGAGAAAACCUGGCCGCUCUGUUUCUGAUCCCGUUUCCCUGCCCGCCAGAGCAGGUAGCCUUUGCUUACUCUGUGAGGGGCACCUGUCUUCACCCAUCCCCCUUCCCCCUCCCCCUCGGCAGGUAUACACACACACACACACACACACACACACACACACACACACAUACCACCCCUGCCUGGCUGACAGGUCCCGCUCGGGAAGCCCAACGGUCAGAGCUGCCAGGGACCUGGCCCUGCCCAUGUGCCUCAGGGGCUCCCAUGGGCUGUUUGCAUAAUGAAGUGUGGAUUGCCCCCCAGGUAGGCCUCAGGGAGGGCAAGCCAGCUGGCAUGGCCCUUCGGGCUGCAGCGGGAACCCCUCACCUGCUGCCCUCCUCCCCUGCUCUCCACCCACCGGGGAGGACGGAUGCUGGGUCGGCCUGGCGGCUUCAGCUGGAGCCUCUGACGUCCCGGGGAGUGCCUGUCGGGGGAGACCAGGCUAUGCCACCGCGGGGACAGCUGCUGCUGCCACCCAGCCCCUGAUUUCUGACCACCAUCACUGUGCACCCCGCUCCUGCCUCCGCCGCUCACUCCCAGGAAGGGCUCCGCGGCCCCUGGUGUUGACGUGGCUUGUAGAGUUUGGUCAAGAGAGAAGGAAUGGUGCCCUGGCCAGCGUGGCUCAGUUGGUACAGCAUCCACCCACUCACCAAGAGGUCUCUGGUUUCAUUCCUGAUCGGGGCACCAAAAAAGAGAGAGAGGAAAGAGAGAGAGGAGAGAAAGGGCCACAGAGUGUAGGGAAAGGGGAGCGGGGGCCAGUCUUAGGGUCCGUGAUCAGCUUCAAUGCAGCUGGUUCCAGGGACUUUCCGAGGCCUGGGCCGGGGCUGGGGGGAGGCCUCUGCAGGGGGUUGGGGGGAGCCGCACCCGGUUCUGGUUGCCUCCCUCUUCCUGUAUCCACAGCACACCUUUACCAAGUGCUCCCUCUAGCUUUGCCUGGGUACUAGGGUCCCAUCCCCUCACUUCCGUGUGUUCCCACACGCCUCCCCCCUCCUCGGUUUACGCAUCCACAGGUGGCACAGGAUUCGCGUGUCGUUCUUUACAUCAGAAUCGGCUUUGGAUGUUUGUACCUGAAAAAGGAAACUGUUCUUGCACGAACAGCCUUCAGGCCCAAAGGAAGGCGUGUUGGGAAGCAGGAAGGGAAGCCGGCUGGCCUGGCCUGGGCCCAGGUGCGCUGUCGCCACACGGUUCUGCUGAUGGAACACACACACACACCCAUAACCAUGGUGCUUCCGUGCCUCUUCGUGUCUGCCUGUAGGUCCCUCCAAGCUGGACAUUCCUUAGGACGAUGUCUUUCUCAGGAAUAUGUUUCGGGAGAUGGUGAAUGUCUAUGACUUUGGCCGCGUGAAGGUGAUCACGUCCCAGGCUCUGUGCGUCGGGAGCACAGCGGCGGGCACGCCCCGGUGUCCUGCACGCGGUGCUCAGCGACCCUGCCCGCCAGCACCCCGGGGCCCGGGCUCCCAGCCCCAUCUGCGGGAGCCAGCCCGGGAGGGGUCACGUCGGAUUGGCUGUUUCGGCGCCUGCAUCCCCAGCAGGCGAAGAAAGGUUAAUAUAUUUCCUCUCUCCCUGUGUCUCUGUCCCUCAGCCUUGUCAGACCUUCUGAAAUUACUGUUUCUGUUUUAAGGUGAAUACUGAUUUUUUUUUUUACACUGACUUUGUACGAAUCCUUUUUUGAAAGAAUACCAAAAUAAAAUGCAGGGUCUCUGGACACGGGCUUUGCACAUUCAAACCCUU